CUGUAGUUUUUCAUCAUAACCUUAAAAUAAUGACUAGCAACUAGGAAUUUAGCAAGAAAACUUCUAAAAUUAGGCAAAUGGAUGCAAAUGUUGAUUUGAAGAAAUCAUGGAUUAUGAUAAAACAUACGUUUCCUAUUUUGGAUAAUAACUUUAAUUGGCCCUAUGCCCAAACCACGGACGCACAGUUAUUCGAAACAAUAAACUUAAUUAAUCGUUUUGGACUAAAUGCUACAAUUAAGUCGUUAAUUAUAAGUAAAUUUGAAGAGCAUGUGAGGAAAUUUGUUGUUCCAAAAUUUUGGGCAUUUUUCACAACCGAUAUCAACGUUGGCGAAGGUUUCGGCAAUUUCUUUAAAGCGGUUGAUUAUUUGUACACUUUCUUCACAAAUCAUAUCCAUUUAAUUGGCAAUACUAGUUUGCUUUGCAACAGUAAGCCUAUUUACAAUGCCGAAAACGCCACAGACAGCUUAAAAUUAAUAAUACGAGCCACUCUCCUCUCCCAAUUGCCGUUAAAUUACAAUAAGAUCAUUGAAGAGUUUUAUGAGACCGCUUUAAAGUUGGAAAACAACGACGACACCGCCUGCCCGGUUUGCGGUAAUGAGCCGGAGUGCUCGUGUUUAAUUUACUUUCACGCGACCAACUCCAAAUUGGUUGAGUUAAAGUUGUUGGAGCCGCUGUGCGGACAGGUGCUUACUUCGUUGAUCUACGGCUACAUCGAGUCCUACAUCAAUAAGACGUGUAAGGACAAUUUCGAUAACUCCUACAUCGACGCAUUGGAAAAGUGGUUGGAUCAGUUUAUUAUUAAUUGGUUGCGGAAGGUGUACGGCUGUGACGGUUCCUCUGAAUUGCAGGAGCAGGAAUAUAAGCAGAAAUUAACAAAUCUUUUGUACGAGACGUACACAAAAGUUAGAAUUAAUCAACUUUUCAAUAUUAUUAUAGAAUACCCCGAAUCUUCACCGGCUUUAGAAGACUUAAGUAAAUGUCUGCCAAAAACGGACCUGCGUCCCCUACUGACAAAGAAGUUGCAGAAGGCGAUGGAAACGCGACUACUUCACCCUGGCGUUAGCACACCCGACAUACUAACCGCAUAUGUAGCGUCUAUCAGGUCAAUGAGGAUCUUAGAUCCGUCAGGGUUACUACUCGAUGUCGUCACGCAACCGAUGCACGAGUACUUACGCAGUCGUGAGGACACAGUGAGGUGUGUCGUUAGCAGUCUCACAGAGGAAGGUCCUAAUGAUCUAGCUGAAGAGUUGGUAAAAGGCGACGCUGUGCACGUCGACGAAACCGCAGCGUCAGACGAAGACACUGAAAAUUGGGAGGCGUGGAUGCCCGAUCCUGUCGACGUCGAUCCUAGUAAAACUUCAAAUAUACGCAGAAGCGCAGAUAUAAUAUCAAUGUUAGUGAGUGUCUAUGGCAGCAAAGAGCUCUUCAUAAAUGAAUACCGCACCCUCCUAGCAGAUCGCUUACUCUCACAGUUUUCGUGCGACACCGAAAAGGAAAUACGCUACCUAGAACUUUUAAAAUUGCGAUUUGGCGACUCCCAAUUGCAUUACUGCGAGGUUAUGCUGAAGGACAUCAGCGACUCCAAACGGAUUAACCAUCACAUUAAACAAGACGCGAACUAUACCGAUAAUAGUUUUCCUAUAUCAGCAUUGAUCGUAUCGGCGCAGUUCUGGCCCCCUUUCAAAGAUGAACAGUUAGAAUUGCAUCCGAAAGUGUUGUCCCAAAUGGAGACAUUUACCAAAAGUUUCGAGGCUUUGAAGGGGAAUCGGACGUUAAGCUGGAAAAACCACCUGGGCGUUGUCGACUUGGAGAUCGAAUUGAAGGAUCGCGUUCUAAACUUGUCAGUUACGCCGGUUCAUGCCGCAAUUUUGAUGCGAUUUCAAGAUCAAGACGACUGGUGUUUGGAUAGGCUAAGUCGCACACUGCAUAUUCCCCCUAUUAUCUUAAGGAAAAAAAUUAGAUUUUGGUUAUCGCACGGAUUAAUUGACGAAUUUAUGAAGGACUGUUUUUGUCUGGUGGAAGAGCACGAUACCAACGUGCCAAAUCUUAAUGCAGAUGUCGUGCUUGAUGACUACGAAUCUGAGAGCGUGAUGGCUAGCACACAAGACCAACGCGAGGAGGAGCUCCAGACAUUCUGGUCGUAUAUCAUCGGCAUGCUGAUGAAUUUGGAUUCUUUGCCUUUGGAGAGGAUACACCAAAUGUUAAAAAUGUUCGCGUUCCAAGGGCCUACGAUUGAAUGCAGUUUACAAGAGCUAACCCAGUUUUUAGAUAGAAAAGUUAGGGAGCAAAAACUUGUUUUUUCAGGCGGUUUAUAUAAGUUACCCAAAAAUGAUAUGUUGUAAUUUUUUGUUUCUAUAAUAAAUUUUUGUCUAAUUGAGAUAUUGUAUAUGUAUAAAAUCGGUACAUUACAAGAUUCAAUAAUAAAGGGAGAUUUUCGACUAGUA